AUGUUGUUCCAUAGACUUCUCCUGUGUUUUUCAGUUACAGGUAUCGUCUCCGCGCAGCCUGACAGCUCUGGAUUAUUUUACGCACUGAGAUCAGAACUAUCAGAAGAUGCCAUCUUGGUGGCCAACAACGGAAUACGCGUGCCUUUCGGGAGAUCGCUCUUCAUCGAUCCCAUCAAUGAUCUGGUGAUCCAGACUCAGCCGGGAGACCGGUGCAGCAUCACCGUGCUGGAUAACGACCCGCUGUCACAGAGACCGGGGCACCUCUCGCCCAAAAAGUUUCCGUGCGAUUUCGGUCCCAGCGAUGUGACAUAUUCCCACUACGGAUCCAGAAGUCCAGCCAGAGACAGAGUGAAGCUGCAGCUCAGGUAUGACGCGCAAACCGAAACCGUUAUCAUCCCAUUCAUGAUGGAGGUGGAAGUAGUUUUUACGCAACUAGAGUUACUCACCAAAAACAUGCCUCUCACAGUUGAUAAUCUCAAAGGGAUCAGCAACCCUAUUGAUAAGAAGAUUUUAGAGUUUACUUAUGAUAGAGACUCACACAAAUGUGAGGUGACAUCUCUGUCCAGCGGCAGCACGCUGCCCAGAUAUGGGAAACUCAUUGAUGGGGGUAAACUUUCCAAAAUGAUGGACUGUGAUGAAUUCACACAAGCUGACAUCCGCUACGAGCACACGUUUCAUCGCAAGUCUCCCAACAGGGACUAUGUUCCCAUGGUUGUGGAGCUGCAUGAUAAGGAGGGCAACCUAGUGAAACAGGAGUAUUUUCAUCUCAUGAUUCGCAUCAAAGAGGGAGAGGAAAACACUCCCCCCAAACCCAGCUUUGUGUCCAUGAUGAUGAUGGAGGUCAGCCAGUUUGUCAUGACCGCCCUCACCCCUGACAUGCUGGCUGCUGAGGAUGCAGAGUCAGACUCAGAUGAGCUUAUUUUCAACAUCACUUCCCCCUUAUCCUAUGAGGAGGGCUACAUAGUCAGCACGGAUGACAGAAACCUGCCCAUUACAUCCUUUUACCAGAGAGAUUUGCGUGAUUUGAAAAUAGCUUACAAGCCGCCCUCCCUGGACUCAGACACAGAGAGGAUUUUCCAGCUGGAGUUUGAGGUGGUGGACACAGAUGGGGCCGUGUCGGACCCUUUUGCUUUCAUGAUUGUUGUGAAGCCGAUGAACACUCUGGCCCCUGUUGUGACGCGCAACACCGGCCAGCUGCUGUACGAGGGCCAGUCUCGGCCUCUCUUCAGCGCCCACAACUUGGAGAUCAGCGACGAGGACAACCUGGACAGCGUCACCAUCACGGUGGUGGACGGUCUGCGUCACGGGGACCUCGUGGUUCUGGGCUCUCACAGAAAAUUCUUCACACCUGCCGACCUCGUAACAGGGGUUGUUGUGUACCAGCAUGACGGGAGUGACACAUACAGUGACAACAUUGUCUUCAAGAUGACAGACGGAAAGAAUGAAGUAGAAUUUCUUUUUCCUAUUACAAUUGUUCCCACUGAUGAUGAGCCACCUAUCAUAAAUGCCAACACUGGUCUGGUGCUGUUCAAAAAUCAAAUGAUGCCCAUAUCUCCCCUCAUGCUCAGCGCUGCUGAUAUUGACUCUGAGGACUCGACUAUUAAAUUCACUAUUGUCCCUCCUUUCUCUGUAAUUGGCACAGUGUUGCUCAGACAGUCAGAUGCCCCAGAGGAUCCCUCCUCUUGGAAGUUCAAUGCUGAGGAUGAGAUGUAUGAGAAGGAGGUUACAGAGUGGCUUCAAAAAGACAUCACUGACGGGAAGUUGUUUUACAAGCACACAGGCCCUCACAACAUAGACACCAUCAUGGAUCAGUUUAUAUUCACAGUUCAGGAUGACAAUGACCCCCCAAACGUGUCAGGAGAGAGCGUAUUUAUAAUCCGUGUUUUACCUAUCGAUGACGUUCCCCCUGAGCUGUUCCCAGGUACCACGCUGCAGAUGACCGUCCAGGAGUACAAGCUCACACACUUUAGCAAAGAAGUUCUGCGCUACACCGACUUGGACUCUGAGGACCGUGACCUCAAAUACACGGUUAUUCAGCCCCCGACAGAUACAGACGAAAAUAAUCCAGUUGUGUUCGGUUCUUUGGUUCUGACCGACAGCCCUGACACUGAAGUCACGGAGUUCACACAAGCUCAGAUUAACCAUCAUAAGAUCUCAUACGGCCCCCCAGAUGUUGAGCUGGGCAUCACAGCCCAUGUGGUGCAGUGUCGCUACACUGUGGAAGACACAGCUGGGAACAGCGUAGAAGGCACUUUCACUAUCUAUCUCCAGCCUGUCAACAACAAACCCCCUCAGAUCACAAACACAGGCUUUUCUGUGUUUGAACGGGGCAUGCACAUCAUCACCAUCGCUGAGCUGGAUGCCACAGACCUGGACACAGAGAGCAAACAAAUUACCUUCACUCUGAGCCAGCCCCCUAAACAUGGCCAAAUCCAGGCUGCAUUCACUGACCUGGAGAGAAAAGGGGUUUUCAGACUUGAGGAUAUCUCAGAGGGGAAGAUAUCAUACAUUCAUAGCGGAGAGGAAACAGUGAGUGAUGAAUUUCAGCUGGAUGUCAGUGAUGGGAUUCAUGUUGUAACCGUGACGGUCAAAGUUAAUGUAAAGCCUGUCGAUGAUGAAACUCCAACCGUCAGCUUGCCUGCGGGAACAAUCGGGUCUCAUAUGGAUGUACUGGAAAAUGGAGCCACGGAAAUCACAACUAAUGUGAUUCAGGGCCAUGAUGACGACACAGAUGACCUCCAGCUUACCUUUAUUGUGGAAGAUCCUCCAGUAAUGGGUGAAAUAUUGGUGAAGGGAGUGCCUGCAACAAGGUUUACACAGGCUGACAUAAUUAAUGGUGUGGUCGUGUAUGCACACACUGGUGGAGAGAUCGGCCUCUCCUCUCAGCUGGAUGGAUUCAAUUUGACUCUCACAGAUAUGUCUGAUGAUUGGACAGUGGGUGGCAAUAAGGUCAACGGAGUCCAUGUUCGAGUCACAAUCCUUCCUGUUGACAGCCAGGCCCCCGAGGUCGGAGUUGGGAUUCAAUUCAGCGUCAUUGAAGGAGAAAAAUACACCAUUGGCCCUCAGCACUUGAAUGCUGACGAUAACGACACUCCAACAGAUGAUAUCCUUUGCACCAUCAUUGUCCAGCCCACCGCCGGCUAUGUGGAGAAUAUAUCCCCAGCCCCAGGCUCCGAAAAGUCCAGGUCAGGAACAGCUAUCAGUGCUUUUACCAUCAGAGACAUCAGGGAAGGAAAUAUCCACUAUGUGCAGAGCAUUCACAAGGGAGUAGAGCCAGUGGAGGAUAGAUUCACAUUUAGGUGUUCUGAUGGCAUCAAUUUCUCAGAAAAUCAUUUCUUCCCAAUUGUCAUCAUCCCAGCAAAUGAUGAAAAGCCGGAGAUUUAUUUGAGGGAGAUAGUUGUGAUGGAGGGGAUGAACAUUGUCAUCGACACUCCCAUUCUGAAUGGCGCCGACACUGAUAUUCCACCUGAGGAGCUGAUGUUCAUCAUUUCCAGACCUCCCAAGCACGGUGCCAUUUUGAACCAGCUAUCCACAGGCUCGGUUUUGGUGACUAAUUUCACUUUAGAGCAGAUUAGAGAGGCAUCAAGCAUUAUUUAUGAGCACGAUGACUCAGAGACAACAGAGGACAGCUUUGAUGUCAUUCUGACGGAUGGAAAGUACUCUGUGCAAAAAACGGCUGUGGUUAUGAUCAUUGCUGUUGAUGACGAGACCCCCAGGAUGCUCAUCAACGACGGGUUGGAGGUGGACAUCGGAGAGACCAAAGAAAUCAACAAUAAAAUGCUCAAAGCAACAGAUUUGGAUUCAGAAGACAGCACACUUACGUAUAUAACCCGGUUCGGGCCUGGUCAAGGUUUCCUGCAGAGAAAAACCCCAUCUGGGUCUCUGGAGAACAUUACACUUGGUAUGAAUUUCACACAAGCUGAAAUCGACGCAGGGCUUUUAGUUUACACACACAAUGGACAGGAGGGCAUUCGAGACUUGGUCAAAUUUGAUGUGACUGAUGGCAUGAACCCACUAAUUGAUCGGUACUUCUACAUCACUGUGGGCAGUAUUGACAUGGUCUUCCCCGAUGUCGUCAGUAAAGGAGUGUCUCUGAGAGAAGGUGGCAGAGUGACUUUGACCACAGAUCUUCUCAGUACCUCUGAUCUUAACAGCCCUGAUGAGAGUUUAGUCUUCACCAUCACAAGGGCCCCUGUCAGGGGCCACUUAGAGUGCACAGAUACUCCUGGGAUGCCCAUUGUGUCUUUCACUCAGCUCCAACUGGCCGGCAGUAAAGUUUACUACAUCCACACGUCGGACGAUGAGGUGAAGAUGGACAGUUUUGAGUUUGAAGUCACCGAUGGCUACAAUCCUAUUUUCAGAACAUUCAGAAUCUCCAUCGUGGAUGUUGAUAAUAAGAAACCUGUUGUGACUAUAAACAGCUUAGUUGUCACAGAAGGGCAGGUUAAGUUGAUUACACCGUUUGAGCUCACGGCUGAAGAUCAGGACACGGCUGAGAAGCUGAUAAAAUUCACCAUCACCCAGUUGCCUAUUCACGGCAAACUGCUUUACAACCGGUCCACACCGGUCACCAGCUUCACCAAACAAGACCUCAAUGAAAACCUCAUCAGCUACAAACACGAUGGAACUGAAUCAUCAGAAGACUCCUUUUCUUUUACCGUCACCGACGGCACGCAUACUGACUUCUAUGUGUUCCCAGACACCGUUUUUGAGACCCGGCGGCCUCAAGCCAUGGUGAUCACCAUAGUGGCAACUGACAAUGGCGUGCCCCAGAUUGUGGUGAACAAGGGUGCGCCCACUUUGAAGAUUUUGUCCACGGGGCACCUGGGGUUCCCCAUCACCUCCACAGUGCUGAGGGCAGAGGACAGAGACAGCACUUCGGCCUCCCUGGUGUUCCACAUCACCACCCAGCCCAAACAUGGUUACGUUGUUAACCUGGGACAAGGAAACAACUCCAUCGACACAUUUAGUCAAGCUGACAUUAAUGAGCAGAACAUCUGCUACGUGUUGCGGAAUGAAGAAAACGCCACAUCUGACCUCUUCCAUUUCUCCGUGGAGGAUAACGGUGGGAACAAGCUGAAGGGGCAGCAGUUUCGUCUGGACUGGGCCUGGAUCUCUCUGGAGAAAGAGUACUAUGUGGUGGACGAGGAGGACAAGUUCCUGGACGUGGUGCUCAGACGCAGAGGUUACCUGGGAGAAACAUCUUUCAUCGGCAUUGGCACCCAGGAUGGCAGUGCAAAGAAGGAGGAGGACUUCAAGGGUAAGUCACAGAGGCAGGUCCAGUUCAACCCAGGACAAACCAGAGCUACGUGGCGUGUUCGGAUCCUGUCUGAUGGGAAGUAUGAGCAGGCGGAGACUUUCCAGAUUUUGCUGUCGGAGCCGGUGAUGGGCGUGAUGGAGUUCCCCGUCACAGCAACAGUUGAGAUCCUGGAUCCCAAUGAUGAGUCGACGGUAUUCUUCCCUGAACAGAUCCACUCAGUAGAGGAAGAUGUUGGGGAGCUUUUCAUCCCGGUGCACCGCAGUGGAGACAUCAGCGAGGAGCUCAUGGUGGUCUGCUACACACAGCAGGGUUCCGCCUCGGGGACUAUUCCCACCACUGUCCUGUCUUACUCGGACUACAUCUCCCGUCCGGAGGAGCACAGCAGCCUCCUUCGUUUUGACAAGGGUGAGAGGGAGAAGCAGUGUCGCGUGGUGAUUAUUGACGACUCGCUGUACGAGGGCGAGGAGAGCUUCAAUGUCACUCUGUCGCUGCCUGUCGGGGGACGUCUGGGAAUGCACUACCCCACCGCCAAAGUCAGCAUCUUGGAAGAUAUGGAUGACGCUCCAGUGUUUUACUUUGGAGAGGUGGAGUAUCAUGUGGAUGAGAGUGAUGGGUAUGUGGAGGUCAAAGUGUGGAGGACGGGAACCGAUCUGUCCAAGACUGGGACCGUCACCGUCCGCUCUCGCAAAGCGGAGCCUGUCUCUGCAGAAGCUGGUAUCGACUACGUGGGCAUCAGUCAUAACCUGGACUUUGCCCCUGGUGUCAGCAUGCAGACGUUCAGGGUCACCAUUCUGGAUGACCUGGGGCAGCCGGAGCUGGAAGGGACCGAGAGCUUUGAGCUGGUCCUGCGUAUGCCGGUGAACGGCAUCCUGGGAGAACCUGGAAAGGCCACAGUCUUCAUCAAUGACUCAGUAUCUGACUUGCCGAAGGUCCAGUUCCGCGAGCCGCUGUACACCGGAGAGGAGAGUGACGGUCAGAUCACAGCAAUGGUGUACCGCAGUGGCGACAUCAGACACCAGUCCUCUGUUCGCUGUUUCACCCGUCAGGGCUCUGCACAGGUCGCCUCCGACUUUGAUGAGCGACCCAACACGGAUGCGUCUGUCAUCAGUUUUUUACCAGGCGAAGCGGAGAAGCCGUGUAUUCUUUCACUCGUUGAUGAUACGCUGUACGAGGAAGGAGAGGAGCUGCGUCUGGUCUUGGGGAACCCGAAGAGCAACUCACAGUUUGGCGCAUCAGUGGGAGCUUUGAAUGAGACUCUGUUGAAAAUCAAGGACACAGCAGACAAGCCCAUCAUUCGCUUUUUGGAAACCAAGUUCAGUGUCAGUGAACCGAAGGAUGCUGGCGCCGUGGCAACUGUGAGGAUCCCCGUGGUACGAGUGGGUGACACAUCAAGAGUGUCGCUGGUGCGCGUUCACACUAAAGAUGGGUCAGCAGUCUCAGGAGAGGACUACUACCCCGUGUCUCAGGACGUUGAGUUCAAACAGGGGGAUAAGCAGCAUGUGGUGGAGGUGGAGGUGCUAUUUGAUGGAGUCAGAGAGAUGAGGGAAGCGUUUACUCUCCAUCUCAAGCCUGAUGAAAACAUGGUGGCUGAAACUCAGGUGACUAAAGUGAUAGUUUACAUCGAGGAGACCAACAGCAUGGCUGAUGUCACCUUCCCCUCGCUGCCUCACGUGGUGUCACUGUUCCAUUACGAUGAUGUCGCCCGGACACAAGAAAACCUCCACCCACCAGCCGGAUACCCAGUCAUCUGUGUCACAGCUUGCAACACAAAAUACCCGGACUAUGACAAGACGGGCUCUAUCUGUGUCAGCGAGCACAUCAACAACACCUUGACCCGCUACCGCUGGCUCAUCAGCGCCCCAGCUGGCCCCGAUGGCGUCACCAGUCCCAUGAGGGAGGUGGACUUUGACACGUUCUUUACGUCCUCCAAGAUGAUCACAUUGGACUCGGUCUACUUCCAAGCAGGCUCCAGGGUCCAGUGCGCCGCUAGGGCUGUUAAUUCUAACGGGGAUGAGGGUUUAGAGCUCAGCAGCCCCAUUGUCACAGUCAGCCAGGAGGAAGGUAUGUGUCAACCACGUAAGAUGGGGACUGUUGGUGCUGAGCCGUUCUCUGCCAAGCUACGCUACACUGGAGCAGACGACCCGAAACACCCCAACCUCAUCAAAGUGACUGUCACCAUGCCUCACAUAGACGGUAUGCUCCCGGUAAUCUCCACUCGCCCUCUCAUGAACUUUGAACUGACUCUCAGUCCCGACGGGACCCGGGUGGGAAACCAUCGCUGCUCCAACUUGCUCGACUACAACGAGGUCACCACAGGUCACGGCUUCAUCACCGCCUCGACACGCAGCCCUGAGAGCAUGGGAGACUCGGCACCGUAUCAGUUCAGCGGGCCUCUGCGGGGAAACAGCACACUGCGCUUCUACAGGAACCUCAACCUGGAAGCGUGUCUCUGGGAGUUUACCAGCUUCUACCACAUGUCUGAGCUGCUCACUGACUGCGGAGGAACCAUAGGCACUGAUGGACAGGUGCUGAACCUGGUCCAGUCCUACGUGACCCUGCGGGUGCCUCUUUAUGUCUCGUACGUGUUCCACUCCCCCGUUGGCACCGGCGGCUGGCAGCACUUUGACCUGCAGUCCGAGCUGCGCCUCACUUUUGUGUACGACACGGCUAUUCUGUGGAAGGACGGCAUCGGCAGCCCCCCGCAGGCAGAGCUGCAGGGUAAAGUGCAUGUGUGUGUGUUUUUUCCAGGUGCGUUGUACCCCACGAGCAUGCGCAUCAAUGACCAGGGGCGUUUGGUGGUAAACUUCCGCACCAAGGCUCAUUUCAGGGGUCUGUUUGUGGAGUCUCACCCAGCAACCUCCAUGUCAUCCAUGGUGAUGAGUGUGGACCACCCAGGCCUGACCUUUAACCUCACCUUAGUGAGGAGUGAGCCCACCUACAAUCAACCAGUCCAGCAGUGGACCUUCACCUCUGACUUUGCAGUAAGAGACUACUCUGGGACCUACACAGUGAAGCUGAUCCCCUGUACAACAGCACAGAAUAUGGAAUACACUGUUCCACCUGUCUGCAGCCCCAGAGAACCAGUUACUUUUGACCUAGACAUCAGAUUCCAGCAAGUGAGUGACCCAGUUGCAGUGGAAUUCAGUUUGAACACUCAGAUGUUCUUGCUGUCCAAGAGGAGCCUUUGGCUUUCUGAUGGAUCCAUGGGUUUUGGUCAAGAGAGCGACGUAGCCUUUUCUGAGGGUGAUACAGUAUAUGGUCGCGUCAUGGUCGACCCUGUGCAGAACCUGGGAGAUUCUUUCUUCUGCAGCAUAGAGAAGGUGUUCCUCUGCACUGGUGCUGAUGGAUAUGUGCCCAAGUACAACCCGACCAAGUUCGAAUUUGGCUGCCUGGCUGACUCCCCAUCAUUGCUUUAUCGAUUUAAGAUUCUUGACAAGGCCCAGCCAGAGACUCAGGCACGUGUGUUUGGCGACGUCAGUUUUAAUGCUGUGCUGGCAGUGGAUGACCCAUCAGCCAUGUCCCUCGUCAGACAACCAGGAUCUGAUGGCUUCAGACUGGACUCUACAGCCAUGUUCCAGGUUGCUGCAGGCAGAGAAUGGUACAUCCACACCAUCUACACAGUUCGCUCCAAAGAGAACGCCAACAGAGGCAUUGGAAAGCGCAGCCUCGAGUACCAUUCCUUGGCUUCCACAGGCAACGAGCUCGCCUUGACCCCAAAAGGCCAUCGCUGGAGGAGGUCAGCCGGCGAUGACAUCCCAGUAGUCGCCGAAGAUAUCGGAGCAGACAACAACCGCGGCACCAACAUUAUGCACAUCGCCCUGGACCGAACCAAGCGUAGGUCGGUUGGGUCGAACGAGCUUUUUACUGAAGGGCUGGAACCUAGUGAGCUGAACACAGAGGAGGAAGAGGAGGGUCUGGUGACCGUGGUGGGGGCACUGGUGGGACUGUUGCUGACUGUCCUCAUCACUGUCACCAUCAUACUGGUGCUGAGAUCCAGACAGAAGGAUGGGAAGGAGGGCUGGAGGGAGGGGGUGCAGGAGGUGGUCAAAGGGUCUGUCAGUACGGAGCCCAUGUUGGUGGUGAGGAUGCAAGACUGCCACAACAGCUCAGAGGUCUGA